ACCACUGAUGAGACUGUGUGGCGAGGUCAGGGAGUGUAAGUAGUGUCUGCUGGAGAAUGUUGCGUGCAUGGUGGUUGUUGCUGCUGUUGGAGUGGGCAGCAGCCUAUACGCCCCCAGAGCAGUGUCUGGUGACCACGCUGUCCAACAUAGACCACAGUCAGGGGCCUCCGGAGUCCUCCCUGCACGUGGAGGUGGCCCAGGGCUACCUGCGGGGCAGGAAGGUGACCUCGGAGGAGACAGGAGGCGUGUUCUACAGUUUCCAAGGAGUACCUUACGCCCGGCCUCCCGUGGGGGACCUCCGCUUCCAGGCGCCCAGAGAGGCCCAGUCUUGGAGAGGCGUGAGGGACGCCACUGUAGAGGGAUCCAUCUGCCCGCAGUACGACAAUGGACCAAUCAGAGGGUCAGAGGAUUGUCUCUUCAUUAACGUCUACACGCCCAAGCUUCCCAGUGCUUCCAACUCCACACUUCUGCCAGUCAUGGUUUGGAUCCACGGAGGAUCGCUUAUUAUUGGUUCUGGAAACAGUGUGAAUUAUGGCCCUGAUUUUCUGGUCAGUAAAAAUAUCGUUCUCGUGACUUUGAACUACAGGCUAGGAAUUCUAGGGUUCCUCGGGGUGACCAGCUCUCUCGUGUCCAAGAACAACGGCUUCAAGGACCAGGUGGCGGCCCUCAAGUGGGUCCAGACCAACAUCGCUCAGUUCGGAGGAGACAAGGCCAGGGUGACCAUCUUCGGCCAGAGCUCUGGGGCAGCCAGUGUCGAUUACCUGAUGCUGUCUCCGGCAGCCAAGGGACUUUUCCACGGGGUCAUAGCACUCAGUGGGAACGCCAUUGACCGCUGGACCUACGCUGAGCCCAACCUGUCCAGAGAGCGUGCUCUCCUAUUGGGGCGGGUGCUCGGGCUGACAACCAAUGACGAGGAUGAACUUGCAAGGUUUCUGAAAGCCGCUUCUGUGGAGCAGCUCGUCUCCUCUCAGCUGGGAGCGCUAACAGAAGAAGAUCUCUUGAGGAGUGUGAAUAUACCGUUCCAACCGACCAAGGAGGAUAGUUUACACGACAGUUCUCACAUCUUCCUGCCAGACUCCCCAGUCAACAUCCUGAAGUCAGGGGAAUACCAGCAUGUGCCAUACAUUACAGGAUUCACCUCGGCUGAAAUAAAAAUGGAUUACACUGCCUAUCUUUACAACACAAGCUUGUGGGAAGAGCUGUCAAGGAAAAUGGAGCAGUUCGUUCCUCCAGAUCUCGGUCUUCCUCUGGGGUCGUCCAAGUCGCUGGAGCUGGCUGCCGAGAUCAAGAACAUGUACUUCGGCGAAGGCGCUCCUACAGCCAACAACAUUCAGGAUCUGAUAGAGUUGGCAUCAGAUGUAUUCUACGUAGAGGGCGCGCGGAGAAGUGUUAGACAUCAAGUGAACACGAGUUCAGCGCCAGUGUACGUCUACCAGUUUAGUUACGUGGGAAACCUCAGCUUAUCCGAGUUCUGUGACUACGGUUACCCGUACAGAGGCGCAGCCCACACGGAUGACCUGGGCUACGUGUUCCGGAUGAGCAGGGUGACGGCCGAACCCGGUGCUCGCGACGAGGCAGCUAGGGACUUGAUGACGACCCUGUGGACGAGGUUCGCAGCGACCGGAAAUCCGACUGAAGGGCUGAAUGUCAGCUGGAACCCUUUCACCUUUUACAGUCAGGCGUAUCUUGACAUCGAUGCAGAACUCAGCACACGUGACCUCAGAAAACUACGACCGAAGAAAUUUGCUUUUUGGGAUGGACUUUAUGCUGACAUUGAUAAUUAAAAGUUUUAUAUAUUUGUAUUACUUGUAAAAGCCUAAACCAAUUUGUCACUUUACAAUAAACAAAUUGAAUGAACGAUGCAAA